AUGGUCCACGCUGCCGACCACCUCUCUGCCCAAGAGCUCGAAACGCUCUCCACCAAGGCCAUCGCCGCCAAGGAUACCGCAUACUGCCCCUACUCAAAGUUCCGUGUUGGCGCAUGCAUUCUGACCGAGUCGGGUGAAUUCGUCCAAGGCGCCAAUGUUGAAAAUGCCUCUUAUCCCGUUGGAACUUGUGCGGAGCGAGUAGCGUUUGGAAAUGCCAUUGUGGCCGGGCAUCGCAACUUCAAAGCCAUUGCUGUCGCAAGUGACAUCAAACCUCCCGCUUCGCCAUGCGGCAUGUGUAGACAGUUUAUGAGCGAAUUUACCACCUCCGAAUUCCCCAUUUUUAUGUACGACGGUGAGGGUAAUUAUACUCUUACUACAAUGGGAGAGGUAAUAUAUCUGACCAAUCCAUCCAUUCUGUUCUGA